UUUUAGUGCUUAAUAUCUUCAUUCCUUGAUGGUUUCUUACCUUAUGGUCGCUAGUUGUAAAAAGUUCUCUCUUUUUUCCCCCCUAAACCUGAAGUCUUUUGCCUUUGAUUUUUCAGGCUGAGAUAUGGGUUUAUGCGGUUUGUUAUUAGGUGGUUUUUAUCUUCUAUGGUUGCUUUGAUGCUUUCCCUCAAAUGGGUUUUUGUUAGUAGAUCAGGGUUUCGGGUUGUUUCAUCUCAAUGGGUCAGGCUUUUGCCUUUUAUUUGUUUGUUUUGAGAUGAGGUUUGUGUGGAAUGUUCCUGUUCCAGGUAGCCAUUUACUUCGGUUGAGAUAGCUUUAUCCCCAUGUAGUCUGCUAUGGUUUUUUAUUCUUCAGUUUCUUGGAAUUUGGAGCUCAAGUAAUAGCUAUGAAGAUGAGGUCUUACUCCGAUAAGAACGUGAUGCCUGAAACUGAAAUAGGAUCAACCGGUUCACCUUUUUCUUGGCUUUAUCAUUACAACCCCACAUCCAAACCUGGCUUUAGUUCUCUGCAACGAACUGGAAUACACCAUGAACCUGGUCUUGUUGUUUCUCCCAUUCGUACCAUUGCUGCCACAACUGAAUCAGGGAACAACAAUGAUUUGGGGACUAAAACUACAAAGGUGGGGAAACAGAAGUCUUCUGUGAAGGGUUCUAAUCAAAUAGCUCCCAAGGUUCUGGGACCAAAGCAGCCCAUGAAGAAACCCUCCCUUCCUAAGAAGGGAAAGGGACCAAGCAUUCCGGAAACUAAACGCGAGAAGAAAAAUCCCAACAUCAAUCUUGAUGGAACGAAGUUUGAUUUCUCUGGGGUGCCUUCCCCCAUUUGCUCUUGUACAGGUGUUGCAAGAGUGUGCUACAAGUGGGGUGCCAGUGGUUGGCAAUCCUCAUGUUGUACCAUCAAUAUAUCAGAAUGUCCACUUCCCAUGAGUCCCACCAGGCCUGGUGCUCGUGUGGCUGGGAGAAAAAUGAGCAAUGGAGCAUAUUUCAAACUUCUUCUGAGACUUGCAGCUGAAGGUUAUGAUCUUUCUCAUCCUGUUGACUUGAAAGACCACUGGGCUAGGCAUGGUACAAACAAGUUCGUUACAAUCAAAUAGAGAUGCAGAUGGCUGGGAGCUGAGCAUAAUAUCAGUAGUUUCAAAUAUUUAGUACCCUGCUUUCUAGUUUGAAUGUAAUUUACUGUUAUACCCUAGAGAUGAUCCGACAACUCGGAUUGUAAAUACUGUCUCUCUUGACUUUGGCUAAAACUUAGAAGGGUAUGCUGUUACUUUGCGUUUGGAA